ACUUUUCAGUGUGUCUAAUUUGUUUGUAAUAAAUGUGCGAGGUUGCACGACAGUAUUUUUUCCUCCGUCCCGUUUUUUUCCCUUCACUUUCCCCGGACUCCUAGACGACGCCGGUUACCAGCAACGAGCCAUAGACCGAAUUAGAAUACCAGCUCUCCCAACUACGGUUCGGAGAUAGGACUGGGAAAGGAAGAAAGUUUUCUCAAACUUACCAUGGCUGAAUACAAGGUGGCAGUAACAACGAGGGACAUGCAGGAUGCAGGGACGAUGGACCACAUAUAUGUCAUCCUGUUUGGAACAGAAGGACAGAGUGACCGCACCGAGCUGGACAACUUUGGCAUCGACUUUAAGCGGGGGGUGACCCAGACUUACACCCUGAAAACCAGCAUGUCCCUGGGGAAGCUCCUGCUGGUCAAGCUGGAGAAGGAUCCCUUUCUUUUUCUCACGGAAGAUGAGUGGUAUUGCUCCAAGGUCGUGGUGAUGACGCCAGAAGGAGAAGACUUUCUGUUCCCCUGCUACAGAUGGAUCUCCAGGGGAGAAAUGGUGGAGCUCAGAGGAGGAAGAGCCAUGAAGGUCUUCGAGGAAGAGCAUCCUCUGCUGAUCGAACACCGAAAAACAGAGCUACAACUUAAAAAGAGCUUGUACCAAUGGGCGAUCACAGAUGAAAGGCUACCACACAAAAGUCACUUCAAAGAUAUAUCUGAGCUCCCAGCGGAAAUCCGCUUCUCUGCGUCCAGAUCAGAUGAAAUACUCUUUACAAAAAGGAUGAUUGGUGUUGAGUUAGUGUUCAAGGGGCUGGCUGGAUCGACUCAGCAGUGGAAAAACAUUGAGGACAUGAAAAAAAUCUUUUGGCACAAAAAGACUGCAAUGUCCGAAUACGUGUCAGAGCACUGGAAAGAGGAUGACUUUUUCGGAUACCAGUUUCUGAGUGCAACUAACCCGAACGUGAUCAGGUGCUGCUUGAAGCUUCCCUCAAAUUUUCCAGUCACAGAGGAGAUGGUGAAACCUUUCCUCAGGGAAGGAAGCACUCUGAAGAAAGAAAUGGAGAAGGGCAAUAUAUUCCUGUGUGACCAGGACAUUAUGGAUGGACUACCAACAAGGGAGAAGGAUGGAAAUUCUAUGCACAUGGCUGCUGGUUUAUGCUUGUUCUACAUGAACCCUGAGAACAAACUGAUGCCCCUUGCAAUACAGCUGCAUCAACAACCAUCUAAGCAGAACCCCAUCUUUCUGCCCAGUGACCCGGAGACAGACUGGCUCCUGGCCAAGCUGUUUUUCAAAAGUGCAGAUGUAUUGGAAUAUGAGGUGGUCCAUCACUUCCUGAAGACUCACCAUCUCGCAGAAGUCUUUGGUGUCGCUGCUCUCCGCAGCUUCCCUGUGAUCCAUCCCCUCUACAAGCUGCUGAUCCCACACUUUCUGUACACUUUGCAUAUAAACACUGUGGGUAUACGAUCUCUUUUUGGACCUGGUGGGGCUUUUCGUGAGAGUUCACUUGGACCAGAGGGGUUGACGGAGCUCAUGGCACGGGCUUUGCCUAAAAUAACCUACAGCAGCCUCUGUCUGCCAGAGAACAUCACUGCACGAGGGCUGGGGUCAGUCCCCAACUUCUACUACAGGGACGAUGGUCUGAAGCUGUGGAACAUCAUAAACAGCUUUGUCAAGAGUACUGUGGAGUACUAUUACCCAUUAGACAGCGAUGUGUGCAAAGACACUGAGCUGCAGGAGUGGAUAGAUGAGAUAUUCACACACGGCUUUCACAGAAACAAACUCUCGGGAUUUCCAGGAUACUUCAGUUCUACUGAGGAAGUGGUCAAGUUCAUCACCAUGGUGAUCUUCACUGUGUCUGUUCAACAUGCUGCUGUAAAUAAUGGACAGUUUGACUACAACUCCUGGAUGCUGAAUGGGUCUAUGCAGCUGCGAGGACCUCCACCAACGACUAAGGGGCAGUCGAGCAUGAAGACGAUUCUCGAGGUCCUCCCAAACGUAGGAGACACAGUCAAGUUUGCGACAAUGGCUUUGCUGCUCUCAGAGAAGUUCACUGGCAUGGUUCCUUUGGGUGAAUACCCUGAAGAAAGAUUUGAUGAGCCUGUCCCGAAGCAGAUGAUCAAAAUAUUUCAGGCAGAGCUGUCCUACCUAGGUGAAGAAAUCACAGCUAGGAACGCUAAUCUCGAAUUACCCUACACAUAUCUGACCCCAUCAGGAAUUGAGAACAGUGUAGCUAUUUAAAAAAGACGGAUGAUUCCAGCACAGAUUUGAAUCUGUGUAUUUCUCAACACUCCCAUGCUGGGAACUGCAUUCACAGUACUGCAAUAGGUGAGCUGUAGCAUGCCUGGGCAACAAAAAGGCGUCUUCUAAAUGACAGUAGUAGUAGUAGUAAUAGUAGUAGAUCACUUUUCUAUAAAGUUUCCCUUUUGGCAGGAGUGUCCACUGCAUUACCCCCUGACAGAAGCCUCUGCAUCCAUCUGAGCUUGGGACCAGGGUUAUAAUAGUUUUGAAUUUUUCAUUUUAGUUUAGUUUUAUUUCGUUUUGACUUUUUCUCCUUCAAUUCAGUUAGUUUUAAUUAGUUCUUAG